AUGACGGCUAUUCGUACCCAGAUGUGGCAGCUAAAUGAGACUAUGCAAUCCCUCACAUCGAGACGGGGUGCUUGCGAGAACCGCAUUGAUGGUCUGGCUGAACGCGUGGCAGUUUUGGAGGUCCGCGGCGGGGGUGGAGAGGGCUCUGAUACUGGUUCCCUUCAGUCCACGAUUAACCAACUUCGGGCAGAGCUCAAUGAUCGGGACCCAGAUCUCCUCUCUAACGACUUAGAAAUUUCUUGUGUCCCAAAGGAAAAAGGGGAGAGCGUGACGCACAUCGUAAUGACCCUCGCCGGCAAACUGGGUGUGCGUUUAGUGGAGCAGGAGCUAGUGAGUGCGACGCGUGUGGGGCGCGCGCCUGGCGAGGAGACCCCGGUAGGCGAGAAGCCGCGCCCGAGACCCAUCGUGGUGCGCUUGGCCUGGAGGGCCCUGCGCGACCAGCUGCUUCGUGAGGCGCGCGUCCGCCGCGGGGCCACCACCGAAGGCGCGGGUCUUCCGGGCGCGCCGCGCCGUUUCUAUGUCAACGAGCGGCUCACUCGCGCAAACCGGCAGCUCUUCCGCCAGGCGCGCCAGCUUGGCAAGGAACGCAACUGGCGGUACGUCUGGACGCGGGAUGGCGGGAUUUUCGCGCGGCAGCAUCACGGCAGAGAGUCCCCCCGACACCGCGUGCGCAUCGAAGACGACCUCACGCGUGUUUUUGGCUCCGGAACCUUUGGUGCCUAG